AUGAUGAAAACAUUUGCAGACAGCAAGACGAUUGCACCCCCUAGCCAGAGCAGCCUCGUAUCGCUGGUGAGGUCAGUAUUCGAGAGGCCUUUUGCGUCGUUUAUACUGCUGGGGCGUGGCCGUCACGUGAGCACGAAGCCCAAUAUCAUCACAAGAAACGACCUGCUGAAGGCAGCCGAGCUCUCGGAGGCCGGAGUGGCAGUGAGAUCAGGUUCCCGGAGCCCUGGCGAGGUACAUAGAAAGAGCAGAAGGACAUCUGUCAGGUGA